AUGUCCACAGAAGAAACAGUUGAUGAAGUUCCAUGCUGUGGUUCACAUGACGAGGCACAAUGCACAAUCCAACAUGAUCUUGCUCCACAGCCGUUAAUCGUCGAAGAAGAAGUUAAUAAUGGGGAGAAGAAGGCCAAAAUUGCCGUUGUCGGAUGUUCACAUGGAGAAAUGGAUGCGAUUUAUGAGACGAUGGCACUGAUCGAAGAAAAGAAAGGAUACAAGUUCGACUUGCUCAUCUGCUGUGGAGACUACCAAGCAGUUCGAAACCACGGAGACCUUCCACACAUGAGCAUUCCUCCGAAAUAUCGCAGUUUGCAAACAUUCUACAAAUACUAUUCCGGUGAAAAGAAGGCUCCAGUUUUGACGCUUUUCAUCGGCGGGAACCACGAAGCAUCUGGAUUCUUAUGUGAAUUACCGAAUGGUGGAUGGGUUGCUCCGAACAUUUUUUAUAUGGGAUUCGCGAAUUGUAUCCAGUUCGCAGGACUUCGAAUAGCAGGAUUAUCUGGAAUUUACUCACAUGGGGAUGUUGAGUUUUCUCAUUACGAGCGACCUGCAUUUGCUGAGAGAGAUGUUAAAAGCGCUUACCAUGUUCGCAACGUGGACAUGUUCCGGCUGAGGCAGUUAAAAGCCGCCAACAACGAUAAAUUAUCAAAUCCCAUUGACAUCAUGCUCUCACACGAUUGGCCAGGAGGAAUUCCGGAUUUUGGUGACAGUGCGUGGCUGUUCAAAAAGAAGGACCUCUUCGAGGCGGACCAUAAAAGCGGAAAACUGGGAAAUCCGGCUCUGAUGAAGCUGAUUUAUGACUGCCGCCCUCGAUACUACCUCGCUGCUCAUCUCCACAUCAAGUUUGCCGCUCUCGUACCACACAAAGGAUCUGGAUCAGAACGUCCCCAACCAACACGAUUUUUAUCUCUCGAUAAACCAAUUCCUGGUAGACAGUUCAUGCAGGCUUUGGAAAUCAACGUGGCAAGUGAUGCGAAGAUGGAACUGUCUUACGAUCCUGAAUGGCUCGCGAUUCUGAAAAACACUGAUCUUCUGACAACAGCUGAUAAAACGAAGAUUGUGCUCCCUGAUAGAAUUGGAUCUGUGCCAUGCGUUUAUGACAGGAAAGACUUUCGGCCUACUGCAGAGGAAAUGGAAGAAAUUACGAAAUUAGGAGAUUUAACAAUCAAAACUGAUACAUUUAAGCAUACGGCACCACCAUUGAAAGAGGACACAUCAGAGGCGAAGAAUGUGCCACCUAGCGCCUACUACCGUAAUCCACAGUCUGCAGAAUUCUGCCAGUGGCUUGGAAUCAAAGAUCUCAAUUAUUUACUGGUCGAAAAAAGUUCUGAUUAUGUUGGAAUCCCAUUCUAUAUGAUGCCGGAUUCUGGUGAGACAGAAUUCAAGUCAAAUCAAGAUGAAGUGGAUUUUGGAGAAGAUGAUUUCAUCAUCGAUCGAGGACAUGGGUCAGAAGAGCCAGAAGCAAAAAAGAGUCGAUUGGAAGAAGAAAAAAAGAAGAAGAAGAAGAAGAUAGAGAAUCUGAAGACGUUGUAG